CACUACCGUGUUAGUUACUAUGCUCAAAGACCACCCAUUGAUUUCCCAUAAUAAAACGAAUGAGUUGUGAGUUAUGACAACAUUAUCCAAAGAAAUAAGAUAUGGUGCUCAAGUGUCAUCACCGUAGUGGAUGAAACGAUCGACACUAAAGUUUCUGAGGAUGAGAUAAUUCUCCUCCAAAAUAAACCACCAAACGAACACACUUCACUCACUCAAACCCUCUUCUCAUCUCAAUCUCCAAUUCUCCCUUUUCCCAACUUUUAACAUUACCAGAGAGAGAAACGCACACAAAGCGAUAGUUAUCCAUGGCUAGCAGCAGCAUGGCAUCAGCAGCUUGUGGAUUUGUCUUGUCCCUUAAUGUUGCUGCCAACAACACAGCAUCGUCACUCUCUUCCAGGACUAACAUGUUGAUGUUUCCUAUAAAAUCCAACAAUAUUGCUAGUUCUAGACUUGUUGUCAGGGCAUCUGAAGAUACUGCAGAAGCUGCAGCCCCUUCCGCCGCUUCUCCCGCCGGUGACACUGCUACUAAGCCCAAGCCACCACCAAUUGGCCCCAAGAGGGGUGCUAAGGUGAAGAUUCUUAGGCAAGAAUCCUACUGGUACAAAGGAACUGGUUCUGUUGUUACUGUUGAUCAAGACCCCAACACUCGCUACCCUGUCGUGGUUCGAUUCAACAAAGUGAACUAUGCCAAUGUAUCGACAAAUAACUAUGCUUUGGAUGAAGUUGAAGAAGUUGAAUGAGACCAGUUUUAUUGAAUUUCCAACUAUUGUUAUGCUAUUGAAGUUACUAGCCUAAGGUUUUUUCAUGUCAUGUUAAAAAAUUUGUAUCAUAUUCUCUUAUAUUUAUCUACCUCUUGAUUUCUAGAAACUA